UCAUCGUCCACUAUCGUCAACUCCGUUGCAACAGCAGUGCCGAAGUGUAGCGCGAAGCACAUUUGGUAGCUUGGUCAAAGCUUUAAUCAACACUCUAAGGUACAAUAUGUCACGUUAUCGUGAAUGGGAAUUGUCCUGCAAGGUUUAUGUGGGAAAUCUGGGCAGUAGUGCCAGCAAGCAUGAAAUUGAGAGUGCGUUUAGUAAGUACGGUCCUUUAAGAAAUGUGUGGGUAGCUAGAAACCCACCAGGUUUUGCGUUUGUGGAGUUUGAAGAUCCAAGAGAUGCUGAAGAUGCAGUCAGAGGAUUAGACGGAACACGCUGUUGUGGGACCAGAAUGAGAGUAGAAAUGUCUUCAGGGAGAAGCCGACGAGGUGGUGGUGGUCGGAGGCCAGGUCCUAGAUAUUCCAGGUCCAGGUCGCGCAGUCCUCGCAGGAAAUCUUUGGGUCGUUACCCGAGAUCCUGUUCGAGAAGCUCGCGGAGAUCAUCGAUUAGCCACUGCUCUAGAUUCAACGUGCAUCAACUCCUAGCUCUGCUCGUCUUCCCGCCACUACUACUACUUCAACCACCGUGAACAAGCGUAUUAUAUACGCGAAAAAAGCAAAUCGUCAAUCUCGCAAUCGUCGUCGAUCGCAAAACAAACGAGACCAAUAUAAAAAAAAAUAUGCCUGCCUGCCCACUAACUUCCCAACCAACCAAGUCACCAUCAGUCACCACCAAGUCACCGAGUAUGUAGGAAGCCGUCCGUACGUCCGUCACGUCACAUCACGUCACGUCGCCCGUCGAUGUGUUUGUGCGUUGUGGGUGUUGCGACGCACACAUUAGCACACAACGGCGCAACAACCGAAACAACAGUUUGCGUGCGCCGUCGCCGCUGCCGGAGUACCGCCAGAAAGCCACCUUCGAAAAAAGAAAAAAAAACGUAGCCUUCUUUCGUUGCUGUCCCCCGUCCGCCGUCGUUGCACCGCAAAACCGUCUUGAAACCGAAACAAAAAAAAAACCGUCAGUCGCUCUACUACGAGACUAUCCCCUUCGAUCACCACUAUUACUACUAUUCUUCCACCACCAUCACCAACCACCAACCGACCAGUCAACCAACCACCGGGUGUUGUUGUGAUCCACCUUCUUCGACUCUUCGUCUCAGCUUUAGGGGGAUAGCGGCACGCUGAGUUAAUCGCCAAAAAAAAUUCGCCACCGUGAGAAAACCGCCACCCACAACCGGCCGGCCACCAUCUUGAACGAACCAAUCGCGAUAAAAAAAAAAGUCACAUUCUGUCCACACAGUAAUUCUGUCCAGCGCGUCUCCAUUCGACUGCGAACGACUGUCUUCUCGGUAGUUCGUCGUUUUGAGACCGACUAGUACAGCUACUGCUACUACCUACUAGUACUACUACUACUACUACUACUACUACUACCUACUACCACUACUACUACUACUACUCUACUGCCUACCUACUCGUCGACCAUCACUUAGAGACGUGUGUUUAGCCACGACAACUGAGCGCGUGUGAGAGUUGCCGCCGAGAAAUCUUCUCACUCUUCGACUCGAGCAAAAAAAA